ACAUCGUCCAGGGAUGGGACGAAAGAGGAAAGAAGGCGACGGUCAUCCGAAAACUUUGAUGAAAUCCACCUGCGGGGUUUGGAUAAUGCCGAAGUGGUGGAUUUUUAUCGUUUGUCUGACAGAUGUCCUCCCUCCCCGCUGCUUGGGGGUUCACGUGUUUGUGAGAGAUGAGAAGAGGUAUGCUGUGCUGUUCCAGUCAGUGGUCCUGCCCUGCCAGUACAACAGCGUGUCCACACAGACCCCCGUAGUGCAGUGGGUCUACAAGUCGUACUGCCGCGACCGCACGCGUGAUUCGUUCAGCUUCCCCGACAGCCUGAGUGGAGGCCUGGGAGGAGGCGGGCUGACGGGUGGAACCGGAGGAGUCGGUGGAGGGUAUGAGACUGGGAUGACGGCGAGCUACCUCGACUGCGCUGACAGCAGCCGGACCGUCCGAACUGUGGCCUCCAUCUCCGGUUCCUCAGUCACGCUGUCCGAGUACUACAAGAACAGAGACAUCUCCAUCAUCAACAAAGCAGACCUGCGCAUAGGUGAGGUCCAGUGGGGAGACAGUGGAGUUUACAUCUGUAAAGUGGUUAUAUCGGAUGAUUUGGAGGGACAGAACGAAGCUUCUGUGGAGCUGCUGGUUCUUGGUUUCUCAGGUGUGCCUGAAGAUCUCCUGCCAGACUUUGAUUUGAAGAUUAUGCCAGAGUGGGUGUUUGUGACGGCGGUGGCGCUGGGCAGUGUCUUAUUCCUGCUGUUGGUUGGGGUGUGCUGGUGUCAGUGUUGUCCUCACUCCUGCUGCUGCUACGUCAGCUGCUGGUGCUGCCCCGACACAUGCUGCUGCCCUAGACACUUAUACGAGGCAGGUAAGGGAAUAAAGACGGGCACCUCCACCCCUCAAACGCCUGCCUACCCUCCAUACUUUGUCACUGGUGUCCCAACGAUGGUCCCCAUUGCCCCACCCUCCCUGGUGGACAAGAUGUCUUCUGUCCCGCCUUCAGAUGGCAGCCUACUCACAGCAGUGCCGAUGCAUGCUGUAGGGGUGCCCUACCGUGUGCCUUCACCUCAGGAUCAGGACUCUCUCAGGGUGCUACAGUAUGUAGAGAAACAACUGGCUCACUUCAACCCUGCCAGGUCCACCAGCCACCAGUCCUGCAGUCUGUCCGAGCUGAGCUCCCUCCACGAGGGAGACUCCGGCUUCCGCCAGACAUUCCGAAACGUCCAGAAGAAAGCGCUGCCCGCCAUCCCAGACCACGACCCUCAGCCUGAACCCCAACGCUUCAGGGAGGUUCGCAGCCCAGAGCCGCAGCGUUACCGUGACAAUCCCCCUUCACCGCAACGAUAUCAUGAUGACCCCGACUCAGAGCCCCGCCGCUGCCAGGAUGAGCCCCUUCCGCCGCGGCGGUACAGCGACGACCCUCCGUCCUCCUCGCAGUCGCGCAGGCUCGGCCGAAAUCAACGGCAGCAGAAUCACAGCGAGGAGGAAAACCACAGCAGGUGGAACCCUCGUUCAGAACAUCUCCACAGGAAGACAUACCGUGCUGCAGGACGAACUGGCUCACUGGAUGAGCUGGAGGAGUUUGCUGCCUGUUACAAGCAGAGAGGAGGCAGAGGGGCAGAGAAAAGGGAAGAAGAGAGGGGAGACUAUGAGAUGGAGCUUCUGGAGUUCAGUCGAUAUCCUUCCUACCGGGAUUGUCCACCGCAGCAUUAUCACAGUGAUGAAAAUGAGCUUGAAGACUGCAGCGACCGUGAAGAUCAUCCCAGACGAAACAAGAAAAAUGGACAUUUCAUAAGUCCACUGCAAUCACCAAAAAAGAGGAGGGGCACUUGGGACAGCGAGCGCCCUGUCCCACCUCCUCCCAGAGUCAGUCCACCCUCAGCUUCUUCUCAAGAGAAGGACUACGAUGGCACGUUCCUGAACAGCCUGCUGGAGCGUAAGGCUAAGUUGCGAGGGGUCGGCAUGGGGAAGAGUGGGGCCCGGGGUGAGGAAGAUUCAGACACACCCUCGAAGAGCAGCUCGAAAAAGAGCAGCGGGGAAUCGAGUCGGCACUGCAGCCGCUCGCCUAGUAACAGGCCAGAGGCAGAUUCUCUGUCUCCUUACUCGGACACAGAGCGGAGCAGAACUGACAGGCCAUCUCCACGGCCGCCUCCAGCAAACACUCGCUCCUCUCAACCUCCUGGCCAUUCCCUGCCCGGGCGCAGAGAGGAACCCAGAGACAAGACCCGGAAAGUGAGCACUCUUCUGAGCCGGGAUUCCCUCAUCGUCUGAUCGUCUGAGAGCCGCUCAGACUGAGCACCACAGGGACUGUGUGUCAGCUGCUGAAAGACAGGACUUUGAGUGUGGACAUAUGCAAAGUACAACCGACCGUGAAGGAAAGCUGAAUGAAGAAACGCACAGCAGACACACUGUAGCUGGAGUUUCUCCCCGUGACGUCGGUGAAUUAUGAAGUCAUCACUGUGCGGUUUCUGUCUCCGGCUGCCUCAUAUAUAUUUCGGCCGGACAAACACUUAACUAAUGUGGGCUGGGUAUAUGACCUGGACCGUCCCUCCCGGGGGGGACACCGUCCGUCUCCCCUCAUCCCUUUAGAAAAGGCUCUGAAGCGGAGAGACCGGCUAUACGCAUCCAGCACAAUGAGAGCAUUCAUUUCCAUUUGAUGAGAUAUCUGCAUUAAAAAAGCACGGUUGUAGAAAAGAAGUGUAUAACAGCACCAUUAUUGUAGAGGACGUGUUGUAGCUUCAGUUGUUUGACAAUACAAACACUGUGUCACUCAGUAACAUAUUCAGGGACUAAAGUGCCUAAUUCAGACGGCUUUUGCAAGGAGAUUUUAAUAAACUAUAACUAAAGCUGGAAGAAGUAACCAACAUUAUCAUAUGUUUACAGUGGGGGUGGACAAAAUAAUGUAAACUGGGAAAACAUACGGCAUGACAACAUACGGUAUACCCAAAGCUACAUUGACAAAGUACUUAAUUAAUGCAGACUCUGACCCAAUCUGACCCACAUUUGUUGCCGCAUUUGCAGUGGUGAAGUAAAAACUUCUAAAUCCCGUUCUUUUUCAUGAAGCAGUAUCAUUAUUUUGUCUCCGUCCUGUAUGUCAGUGAAGACGUUCAUCUCCUAUUAAAACAUGUUAGUUUGCACAAAGUAACUCUUCUCUCCGAGGGACUAAAAAUGACCUUUUCUAUGUUUUUUGUAAGCAUUUACGGUAUUGAACAGCCACUUGCCUUUAAAAGUUUUUUUGUACGACAGUAUGAAGACAUUUUUGUGUGUGAACUCGACCUAUUUAUGUGUGUGGUGUGAUAUGAACACUGUAAUUUGUAAAUGAUUAUGUUUGCAUAAGCUUUCCAGUGUGACUGUGUACAUGGAGUGUCUUUGAUUUGAUUGCUGUUAUUCAGCUUUUUCUUAUUACUGCUGAGUCAAUAGCUAAACCAAUACCUUCACGUGUUAUCAGCCGUCACACACACAUACAAAGCACACAUUAGCCUACUGAUUUUCUAUCUGCUGCAGCAUGCAGUGUGUCAACAUUCCUGCCUCCAUGUUUCAUCGGCUCGUCUUGAGAAAGGUAAUGCCUGUGUUUAGUUUUCUUCCAUUGUGUUUUCUGCUGUCUGGUACUGACAUCUGUGUGUGUGUGUGUGUGUGCGCGCGAGAAAGAGAGAUGACUCUACUUUUCUGUAAAGGAGACAAUGUGUAAUUGAGUAUGACUCAUGUCUUUGUUCAUUGUUGUAAUCACAGACUGCCUGCCUGUCUUUACUGCACAGCUGUGUCAAAACUCACACAUCAGUUCUGCCAGCUCAACCGCAGAUGAUCUGCGUUGCAGUUGUUUUGUCGUCCACAUAAAUAAUUUGUUACAACAGUUAUGUCCUUAAAGUAUCUGUUCAUUAAACUGGCGAGAUCCAGUUGCAUCCAGUUGCAACAUGGAGUCCAAAAGUGUUUAUCUCUCCAUCUUCUCAGCAAAUAAACAGAGCAGAAACAAUGAAACACAGGUUUUAUUUUAGGUUCAAGCAAUGAUGUCUUAUAGCCAAUGGUGUAAUUCAAGUACAUUUAUUCAACUACUGCACUUAAGUACAGUUCUGAUACAGCUGUACUUGUAUUUAUUUUAUUCUACUGCUGCUUCACUAUCUUUCAAUAUAGUUUUGUUUUACUCCACUGCAUUAAUUUGAGUUGUCGUUAAUUUUAGAUAAAAAAUGUUGCAUACAUAAUACAUUGUUUUAAAUGUAAUUGCACAAUGGUAUAAGAAAGUAGUGAAAAUCAGCUCCACCUUGACCAACGACUGUAAAAUGGUGCUUAUGUAUUAAAGCAUUAGC